AGCAGAUCUAGUAGCUUCUUUCUCCUUCACUUCCAGUGUAAAAACCUCAAACUUUCAAAUUAGGGUUUCAUAGCUCUGUUGUACUACUAAAAAAAAAUCAUGAGCAAAGCUUCGGUGAUACUAUACAUCACUGUAGGGAUCCUCGUCCUCUUCCUCGUCUCUUACUCUCCCAAGAAGAACACCGACCACCACCACCACCACGGUGGUCACAACCAACACCACCGCCUCAAACUCCGCUCCUCUUUCAACUUCAAACCCACUCGCCACGAUCCGAUCCCUUUUGACCCUCUCGUCGCCGACAUGGAGCGCCGACGCGAGGAUAAGGAGUGGGAGAGGCAGUACAUUGACCAUUCUAACCCUGAGCUAGCUUCACAUGAGGCUGCGCCUGGUCAUGAGUCGCAGCCUGAGUGGGAGGACUUUAUGGAUGCUGAGGAUUACUUGAAUGAUGAGGAGAAGUUUAAUGUUACUGAUAGGUUGAUAUCUUUGUUUCCGAAGCUUGAUGUUUCUCCUAUGGAUGGGUUUGUGACUGAGAGUGAAUUGACUGAGUGGAAUAUGCAGUCUUCUGCUAAAGAGGUUAUGCAUAGGACUCAAAGAGAUAUGGAUGUUCAUGAUAGGAACAAGGAUGGUUUUAUUUCUUUCUCUGAGUAUGAGCCUCCUUCUUGGGUCCGCAACGCUGGUAAUGAUUCAUUUGGCUAUAACAUGGGUUGGUGGAAGGAAGAGCAUUUUAAUGCAUCAGAUGCAAAUGGUGAUGGUCUACUAAAUUUAACAGAGUUCAACGACUUUCUUCAUCCUGCUGAUACUAAGAACCCUGAGUUGCUGCUAUGGUUGUGCAAGGAGGAAGUAAGAGAAAGAGAUUCAGAUAAAGAUGGUAAGAUCGGUUUUGAAGAGUUUUAUCACGGCCUCUUUGACACAGUGAGGAACUACGAAGAAGAUAAUCACAAUACUACGCAUCCUUAUCAUGACUUGCCUGAAGGCCCUGCAAAGCAGCUGUUUUCUCAGCUUGACAAAGAUGGUGACGGGUACUUAUCAGACGGUGAAUUACUUCCCAUCAUCAGUAAAAUCCAUCCCACCGAGCAUUAUUACGCAAAACAACAAGCUGAUUAUAUUAUAUCACAGGCGGAUUCAGACAAAGAUGGACGUCUGACUUUGGCAGAGAUGAUUGAGCAUCCAUACGUCUUCUACAGUGCCAUUUUCAACGAAGAUGACACUGAUGAUGACUAUGGCUUACAUGAUGAGUUUCGUUAGUGCCCUGAUGAUUGAAGCAAUAACAUCAGGCGCUAUACGUUACAACUUCAACAAAACAAACCUUUCAAAACAGUUGAUCUCAGUUACAUCAGGCUUUCAUGUUUAAUCAACUUCUGUAUACUUCUGAGUCCAGGACGUUUCUCUCCCACGGCGGCUGAUCAACUAGUGUUUUAGAAGUUAGAAUAGUAUUUAUGAUUCUAAACAUGUGAAAGUUAACAUACCUCUCUUUGGACUUUGUUCAAUCUUUUAUGCCUUCAUUAUACAUGGCGUUCUCGAUCUUUGUAUCUUAUAUUUACUAAAACCUUUAAAGCUUAAUCUUUUAUAAGCAGCAGAGAAACAGUGUUUAUACAUCAAAAGAUAGCAAUGAGCCAUGAAAGAUGGAGAGAGAUGUGUUGACAUUACAUUGUUUUCUUUAUUACACGCAACGAAGCAAACUCUUAGUUUAUGAUUAACAAACAUCAUCAGGAGCCAAGAUUGACAUUAUGAAAACAAUUUUGAAAUCUUACUUCACCACACAGAUCUUAAUAACCGAGGCAACUCCAAUACGAUGCAGCGCCACAACUGCAUCACCGUGGUUGCACAGUCCUCUCUGCACAGCUGACUUCAAAGCGGCUUCAAUAAUAACCUCAGUUGAUUCAAUAUCCGUCGCCUUUGCGGAUCCUUCAGCCAACAUAGGGAUCAAACCUCUGUAUAUCAAACUGUGCCUUGCAGGUGACUCGUCACUACAAAUCCAGUCAAAGGAAUCAGUUGUCAUAAGUGGGACAACCA